CCCGGCGCCGCUGGACGCGGCACCGCCGCCGCUACGUCCGCCGCCGCCGCUCGGCGCCGACCAGGCCAGCUCAUCAGGUCUUGGCUUCAUCAUGAGCACGGUGAACUCGGUGCUGGAUGAUGACAAUAGCAACCUCAGCGUGACCUCGUCCGCCCCUUCACUGACAGCUAGCGACAACCGAGAGAACCUCUCGGCCACUGGCUCGGACUUUACACUGGACUCGGGUCUCCAGCAGGCCAUGGGUAUCACCGACGAGGAGAUGAGCAUGCUCGAGCAGCUGGGCUCCUGCAAGAGCCAGGACCUGGUGUACGACAACACGGCGGCCGACGCCCAGGUGGCGCCGCCGCCGCCGCCGCCACCACCGCCGCCGCCGCUGGCGCCGCCGCCGCCGCCGCCACCGCCGCCGCCUCCGCCGCCGCCUGCCGCUCCGCUGUCGCCGGCGGCGGCGGCCGAGCGGCGCCGCGAGGAGGAUGUGGCCGGCGAGUUCGAGUGCCCGAUCUGCGACCGCCGCUUCCGCGGCCGGCCCUCCGUCCGGCAGCACCUCAUGUGGCAGCACCGCGCCUCCCAGGACAAAGUGGACCGCAAGACGGAGAACCUGGUGCCCAUCCAGAUCGUGCCGCCACACCAGCGGCACCAGGCGUGCUUCGUCUGCGGGGAGCUGAUCCGGGAGCCUAUCUUCCUGAACCUGCACAUUGCGCGCGCGCACCUGCGCCGGCCGCCAACCACCGGCGCCGCCGGGUCGGCCACCGCCGCCGCCGCCGCCGGCAGCGGCCUCAAGACGCAGAUGAGCACCGCGCUCGGCGGCCUCUUCGACCGCGCCAUCACCAACAUGCUGGGCCGCAGCGCCAAGCUCAUGUCGCAGACCGGCAAGGCCAAGGCGGUUGAUCUCAAGUCCCCGGCGCCGGCGGCGAGCCCGGGACCGGUGCCGGCCGAGGCCCCGGCGGCGCCCGCCGUCGGCCGACUCGACGGCUCCAACACCAACAGCUGGCCGUACGGCUGUCACCUCUGCGACGAAAGGUUCAAGCAGGCGAGCGGACUGGCUCGCCACAUCGGCGCCGCCCACAAGCACGUCAAGUUCAACCUCUCCGACCUGGGCGACGUCAAGAAGUGCCCGCUCUGCGACGUCAUCUUCGAGAACAUGGCGUCGGUGGCGCUGCACGCGCAGCUGGCCCACAAGGACGCGGGCAUCAGUCGGCGCGGCAUCAUAGCGAUGGCGAUGCGGCGCGGCCAAGAGUCGGCCGCCAGCCAGGUGCAGUGUCCGGUCUGCGGCGAGAGCCACCCGGUGUCGGGCGACACCAGCCUCACGCGCCACAUGGCGCUGGCGCACCGCCACUGGCGCCUGGCGCUCGACGUGGUCGGCAACGAGAUCAAGUUCGUGUGCCACUCGCUGGCGGACGCCACCGCCACCGUCGUCAAGCCAAUCGUCAUCAAGGCCCCGCGCGACGACAGACCGGACGAGUCGAGGCAGCUGGCGGAGCACGCGCGCGCCUCGGCCGGCCCGCGCGCCACCAAGCCGAAGGAGGCGUCGCCGCCGGAGGACGCCGACAGCCCGUCCCUGCUGGAUAUCUCCGACUACACGCCGCGGCCGGGGCCGUCGCAGGCGGGCGGCGAGGCGCCGGCGGCAGCGGCCAGCGCCGAGUCGUCGCCGGAAGGGGCCGACGCCGGCGGCGCCGAGCCGGCCGCGCCGCCCGGCGACGCCGCGCCCGCCGAGGACGAGGAGGGCGACUUCAUGUGCUCUGAGUGUGGCAUCAGCUUCUCGACGCCGCAGAAGGUGGUGGCGCACAUGGAGAGCGAGCACCCGGUCAACGCGUCUGUGGGCGUGCCGGGCCUGGAGGACGCCCGCUCCGAGGCCUCUUCGGAGGACGGUGAGCCGAACGGCAAGGCUGCUGGCGGCGCUGGUCGAGGCGCACCCGCACGGCUCGGCGCUGGCCGAGCUGGUGCGACAGCUGAAGCAGGCCGACCGGUACGCGGCGCCCGGCCGGCGCGUGCCCCUCUCCGAGGAGCAGCUGCAGAAGUGCCUCCAGCUCACCUCGCGCAUGCGCAACGGCGGCGUAGCCUGCGCAUCAUGAGCAUGCUGCAGCGGGAGACGCGCCGGCCGGCCGACAGUGAGGCCGACCCGUACCAGUUCACCGACGAGGUGGCCGAGGCGCGCCGGCCCAGCGUGCCCAACCACAUCCUCGAGUCGAUGAAGCAGAACUUCAACGAGGCGACGGCGGCGGCGGCGGCAGCCGAGGCGGCCACAGAGGCGGCGACCGAGACCGAGGCCGAGUCGGAGCGUCCCGAGCGACGCUCGCCGGCCAAGCGCGCCAAGCCGCGCAAGCCCGUCACCGACGAGGAGGGACUGGACCGCGUUAUUGAGGAACCGUCGGCCGAACCGUCGACCGAGCCGUCGACCGAGCCGUCGACCGAGCCGUCGGCCGAGUCAUCAGCCGAGGCGGACUCAGAGCCGCCGGCGUCCGACCGGUCCCCCGCGCCCGACGGGGAGCUGUCGGACGCCGAGCAGGCGGCCAAGGCGGCCGCGCCCACUGCCGACGAGGUGCCGGCAGAGCCCAGCGGGUAG